CACCAAGAGAAGUGUGAGUUGUGAAAGAGAGAGAAAAAGAAAAUCCACCUCGCCUCUCUCUCCUCUAAAAACUCGCCAAAGCACUGGGAGCAAGACGAGAAGAGAGCCAUGGCCAAGAGCAGUGGGAGCCCCAAAACCUAGAGAAAGAGAGUGAAAAAAAAUCGAUUUUUUCGGUGCUGCUCGAGCCUGUGAAGGUCAUCAAGGAUUCAAGGAGGUGCAGGAAUCAAAAGGAAGCCAAGAACAAGUGGCCAUGGAGGAGAGGUCGUCUUGUUCCUGUAGCAGCAGUGGCUUCUUGCUGCAGCUGGUACUAGCUCUCUUCUUGUCGUUGUUCUUGUUUCUUGAUUCGUCCAUGGCCGCCACCGCCGCACCGCCGUCGGCACCACUAAAUACCACACAGGCGUCGAUCAUGAAGGAGCUUAUAGCCAUGGUUCCUAACAGUGCCUGGUGGAACACGAGCGAUUCGAAUCCAUGCCGAUGGGAUGGAGUCAAUUGCUCUAGCUCCAAUUCUUUAUCAGUUGUGACCAAUCUUACUUUGUCUGGCUAUGGUUUGUCCAACUCCUCCAUAUUCGAAACCAUAUGCUCUCUUGACAACUUGCAAUUUCUUGAUCUCUCCAAGAAUUCCUUCAUCAAUUUGUCUCCACGAUUCUUCACCUCUUCUUGCUCCAUGAAGGCUGGAUUGCGGUCGCUUAAUUUGAGCAGCAACAGUAUACUGAUGCCACUUGGUGAUUUCUCUGGUUUCCCCCUUCUGGAGGUUCUUGACUUGUCCUUCAAUUCUUUUAGCGGUAGUAUCAGCACUCAGUUGAAUUCUUUGCCCAAAAUGAGAAGCUUGAACCUUAGUGGCAAUAGCUUGGUCGGUGAUGUUCCGACAAGCAUGGCUCUGUCUUUAGAGGAGUUGGUGUUGUCUAGUAAUCAAUUCAGUGGUAGCAUUCCUAAAGCUUUAUUCAAUUACCGGAAUCUUACCAUGCUGGAUCUCAGUCAGAACAAUCUAACUGGUGAUGUACCGGAUGAGUUCUUAAAGCUGCCCAAGCUCAGGACUUUAAUCUUGUCAGCUAAUAAUCUGAGUGGCAAUAUACCAGGAAGCGUGUCAAAUGUUAUAAGUCUCUCUCGGUUUGCAGCUAAUCAGAACUAUUUUACCGGUUUGAUUCCUAGUGGUAUCACCAAGAAUGUGAAGAUGCUGGAUCUGAGUUACAAUAAUAUCAGUGGAGUGAUCCCCUCUGAUAUGCUUAGUCCUGUGGGAUUGCAGAGUGUUGAUCUCACCGGCAAUAAUCUCGAAGGGCCCAUCCCUAGAAACUUGUCUUCAACCCUCUACCGGUUGAGGCUUGGUGACAACUCUCUCAAUGGAACCAUCCCAAACACAAUCGGUGAUGCGUUAGCCUUGGCUUAUCUUGAGUUGGAUAGCAAUCAUUUGAUGGGAAGCAUACCUUUAGAACUUGGCAAAUGCAAGAACUUGUUUUUAUUGAACCUGGGAUCAAAUGAGUUGAAGGGUCCAGUUCCUGAUGCAAUUGGCAGCCUUGACAAGCUGGUAGUUCUGAAGCUUCAAAUGAACAGUCUGGAUGGACCCAUCCCGAGUGCGUUUUUUGGUUUAGCAAAUCUGAACACAAUGAAUCUCAGUCAGAAUUCAUUCACUGGAGAGUUACCAAGAGAAAUCAGCAAGUUGUCAAAGAAGACAAAGCUUUCUGUUUUAAACUUGCAAGGCAACAAGAUCAGUGGCAGCAUUCCAAACUCAAUCAGCUUAUUAACUUCUCUGAUUGAGCUUAGUCUGGGGAACAAUGCUCUGACUGGUAUUAUCCCAACAAUGCCCAUUAAAUUAAGUGCUGUUCUUAAUCUUAGCCACAACCAUCUCAGCGGAUCUAUUCCUUCAAAUAUUGGUUUGUUAAGUGAUCUAGAGGUACUUGAUCUUUCAUACAAUGAUUUGUCUGGGGAGGUGCCAGCCUCGCUGGCGAGUAUGCAAAGCUUGACACAGUUGGUCCUUUCUUAUAAUAACCUUUCUGGGUCUAUUCCUAUAUUUCCUGGACAUGUGGAAGUUACUGAUACAGGAAAUCCCGGUCUUAAAAAUGGUACAGGAGACAAUGGGAAGGAUACUACAAGUGGUAAGAGGACCCAUGGUAUUUUCAUCACCGUUGUUGCUAUUGCUGGUGCUCUUGUUGGAUUGUGCUUGCUUGGUGCAAUUUUGAUGGUUUCAUAUUCCAAGAGAAUUUAUCGUGUUGAAGAUGAAGGAUCAUCAACUGAGGAGGCUGUUGCUCGAAUCAUCAAUGGCCACCUCAUAACAAUGAACAGUAUCCAUACUUCUGCAAUUGAUUUUUCGAAAGCAAUGGAAGCAGUGUCGAAUCACAACAACAUUUUUCUGAAAACAAGGUUCUGUACUUACUACAAAGCUGUGAUGCCUAAUGGCUCAACCUACUCUGUGAAAAGACUUAAUUGGAGUGAUAAGAUAUUCCAAAUUGGGAACCAACAGAAGUUUGGUAAUGAACUGGAGGUGCUUGGAAAGUUAAGCAAUUCCAAUGUCAUGGUGCCCUUGGCCUAUGUGUUGACAGAAGAAAAUGCAUACAUCCUCUAUGAGCACAUGCACAAGGGCACGGUGUUUGAUUUUCUUCAUGCCGGAAUGUCGGAUGUUCUGGACUGGCCUUCACGGUAUAGCAUAGCCUUUGGGUUAGCCCAAGGACUGACAUUUCUUCAUGGGUGCACUCAGCCAGUUCUGCUUCUUGAUUUGUCAACAAGGACUGUACACUUGAAGUCAAUGAAUGAACCUCAGAUUGGAGAUAUUGAGCUUUCCAAAAUUGUUGAUCCUUCCAAGAGCAGUGGGAGCCUUUCAACCAUUGCUGGUACAGUUGGUUAUAUUCCACCAGAAUAUGCAUACACGAUGAGGUUGACGAUGGCUGGCAACGUUUACAGCUUUGGAGUCAUCUUACUGGAGCUUUUAACUGGGAAACCAUCGGUCUGUGAUGGCAUCGAGUUAGCCAAGUGGGCUCUCAGCCUUUCAGGUAGCCCUGAUCAGAGGGAGCAGAUCCUUGACAGCAGGGUCUCAAGAACUUCAGCUGCUGUUCACAGCCAGAUGUUGUCGGUCCUGAACAUCGCUCUCGCUUGCGUCGCGCUUUCUCCAGAUGCUCGGCCAAAGAUGCGCAGCGUCUUGAGGAUGCUAUUGAACGCAAAAUGAAUCGGGCAUGAUAUGUUUUUGGUAGCUCAGAUAGGUAACAUAGAUGUGAAUGGAGUUUGAUCAUUUUGCUUAGUUUUUGGAGGUCAGCAAGCAAUAUACAGGGCCCUUGUACAGUAGCAGCACCAUAUAGUUCAAGGUAGAGUAGUAGUUUGUGAUAUGGCUGAUCAAAGGAGUGUUCAUUCAGGUAUCUAAUUUUGGUAUGAAUGAUGAAUGUGUUAUCUAUGCUGUAUCAUAGUGUUUCUCAUUUAUAUAUGGUUAAUAACAUACCCUGUGCAUGUCAGUUCCAAAGAAAAAAAAAAAGGGGGCAUGUUGGAUUGGUUUUGUGUUCAUCAUCAACAACUUUUGGAUAAUUGUUUCAUCACUCACAAUGGCUUCUGAUCUAA